CCGGCGCCGGGUUUCAGUUUCGCUUCUCAGCUGUCAGGUAGCGGAGACUCCAAACCUGUGGCCUCCAGAACGUCAGCCGGCACCGUGCUCCCCUGCCUGGUGCUGCCCGGGCCCUGGCUCCGCGGCCCCGCUACCAACAGCAUGUCCCGGGACGGUGGUGAGGACGGGUGGACGUCCCAGUAUGACUCUACCUGGGAAGAUGAGGAGGAGGACGGGAGGAAGGAGGAGAGAGCUCGGGAGCCGAGGACGCAGCCCCGGCAUAACUUCCCUCGGCGGUGGAGGAACAGAGCAGCCAGAGACCUGCAGUGCUACAGACAUGGUUACAGGGGCGAACUUUCCAGCGACCAGCCUUGCAUGGGAGAAAAUUCUAGAACAAUGCCCAACCUGGACUUCUACCAGAACAAGAAGUGUUUUGAGCCAAAUGGUUUGUAUAUUGGAGAGUUGCUCAGUGAAUGGAAGGAAGAUUACAACACUCUAGAGCGGAACCAUUCUUACAUCCAGUGGCUGUUUCCACUACGGGAAUUUGGGAUGAACUCUUAUGCCAAACCGCUGACCCUGCAUGAGAUCAAGAUGAUGAUGGAGGAUAAAGCCGUCAUGGCAAGGUUUCUUGAAGCAUACAAACUUAUGCUAGGCUUUUACGGUAUCAAACUGUUGAACGAGGAGACAGGAGAAGUGGCGCGGGCAGAGAACUGGGAGGACAGAUUUAAGAACCUGAAUUAUCACAACCACAACAACCUGCGGAUCACCCGGAUACUGAAGUGUUUGGGGGAGAUGGGCUAUAUUCACUUCCAGGCUCCUCUGGUCAAGUUUUUUCUAGAGGAGACCUUAUUGAGAGACAAAUUACCCAAUGUGAAAAGGAGCGUAUUGGACUAUUUCAUGUUCGCCGUGAAGGAUAAGCACGAGCGCAGGAAGCUGGUGCAUUUUGCCUGGGAGAACUACAAGUCAAAUAAUCACCAAGACAAGUUUAUCUGGGGACCUGUGGAGAAGCUAAAACAUUUCCAUCUACGGGAACAGAAUGCCAUGAAUGCAGGCUCAGAGGAGCUAAGAGAUGACGUAGAAAAGAAUACAGUUUCAAAGACUUACAAGAACCAGGAAAAACAGUUUAUAAAAUUCUCUGAGUCUAGUAGAGCCAGAGGUGAGAAGGCUACGGCAAGUCAGCAUGGCUCCAAGGUGGAAAAAGCCACCGGCAAUGAGUUGAUACCUAUGAAGGACAGAGGUGCCUUUCCUGAGAACAGUACCAAUCAUAACACAGAGACCAGUCCUGACCAAAGCACUCCACUCUUCAAGGACUCCAAUUCCAUCAUUGGUCUAGAAAAAGACAACAUGGAGGAAAUAAAGCAUGUUGAAAAAAAAGAAGAGAGCGUUGACUAUGAGAACGCCAAAGAAGACUCGAAUAUAGAGGACCUAACAAAGAAAGUCCGAAAGGAGGAAGUCAUCAAGAAGAUCGAGGAUGACCAAGAAGGUGCAUUGGAAUUCAAUGGACUCUCUAACUGUGGAGAUAUCCAGAAUGAAAAUAAACAUCACCAGGGAGAACAUCAAAGGAAAAGAAAGAUGCCAGUCCAUAGCCCCAUAAGCCCUCUGGCUGACGGCUGUGCUUCUGGAGAUGGCACCCAGUCCAGUCAUAAUGCAAGUCCUUCUCGAGCUGUAGACGAAGUAGGUCAAGUAGAGGGAGUGGAAGACGAGGUGAAGAAGCUCAAACUGGUGGAGAGAGCAGCCACAGAUUGUCCUAACGGGAGGGAAGAGAAAAGCUGCCCUCAUGACACCACUCCUGGAGAAAGAGUGAUAAUUCCGUUUUGCCACUUAUAGAAUGUACCUUAAAUGAACAUGAUGAGUAGUGAGAUGGGAAUCUCCAGUAGGUUCUAGAUUAGAAUGAGUCCAGUGUGGUGCUGGGUGGUGGCACAGAGGCAGGUCAGCCUCUGGCAGGGGGAACAGUCGACAUUACCAACCCCUAUGUAGACCAGCAAUUGUCCAGGGUUGUGGAAGAUCUUCAGGUUCAGCUGUAAUGUUGUCCAUAGUCCCGUCCUGUAAUCUGAUAGAGGAAGUGCUAAGAGAUUCGGGCUCCUGUCUGUCCUCUCUGCCGCCUUAAUUGCACAUCCUGGCAGGACGGCGCCACCAGAAAUGUUUUUUUUUUUUUUUUUUUUCCAGUAUGAUCCAUGUUUCUUGACUGAAGAGAGAACUUUUAUGACCUGCUCCCUCCUAGCUUUUCUGACAGCAGAGACAAUGUGGAAUCGUUUUCUUUAUAUCGGUGCUAGUAGGUAAUUUUGCAGUCGUAUUUCAGUAACUUGCUGAUCAUCGAAAUGUUCAAUUUAUCAGGAAAAAUUUCAAAACAUUCUUUCUAGAUAUACAGUAUUUAUGUAUGGUAUUGUGACUGCGGAUAGGUUGUUUAUUUAAUGAGAAAUAGUUUCAUUUGAUGUAAACUCAAGCAGUCCGCAGCUCUCUUGAGGGGUGGCUGUUUUGUUUUAUAUGCCCCUUUAAAAAUAAAAGAAUACCAGUAAAUGAAAGUCUGUGAGUCGCCCCGUUCUGUUAGGUUGUGAAAAAAUUCCCUGUCUGGAAAAUCUGGUCAUGUCCAGUGGGCACAGAUUUAGAGAUCCUACUGGAGUUGUCACUCAUCUUUACAGGCAGGUUUGCUGACUAGGAGUCUUGUAAAGCUAGGUGGAAGCCAUAAUGAAGGUCACCCAGAUAGUCACCUAGCUUUUCCCAAAAAAUACAAUUUGUUAUGGAGAAGAGAGCAACUCAAAAACUUAAAGAGCACCUUUCAUGGAAUUUUUUUUAUUUUUUGUCUAAUUUAAGUACCUUUACUUGCGGGAUGCCCUGCGCUGAUGCUGUCAUUUUUGUACUUUUUUUUCAAAUACCCCUCGCUUGUCCCGCUGUGCCCCCCUGCAGUUUUUGCACCCAGUAUGCUCCGCUACAAUUGGACUGCGGCACAGCCAAGGAGAAGGAGACGCCCACUGAGAAACAUGGCCGUCUCCUCCUCCCUGUAUCGAUGCUCAUACUGGGUGUGAAAACUGCAGGGGGGCAAGCAAGAGGGUAUUUGGAAAAAAAUAACAAGGAUGGCAGCAUUAGCUGAGAGUAUCCCGCAAGUAAAGGUACUUAAUUAAACAAAAAAAAUUCCAUGAAAGGUCCUCUUUAAGGGACUUUUUCCUUUAUAUAUCUUACACCAUAUUACCAUUAUUUAUUUAAACACAAAUCUCUACGCGAAAUGACCCAUGUAAUUUCUAGAUCCCAAAUUCUGUUAUGAUUUAUUACAUAAUAUAUUUUGUAGCUGUAAGAUCUCCUUUUCCAGCUGCCUGCAGCCACCACUAGAGGGAGCUUAUUGGAAACUGGUUUAUUAUUGAGUUCAAUGUGUAAACAAUAUACAAGUGAGCUCCCACUAGUGGCGACUGCAGGCAAACACAACAUUAUCAUGCCUUCAUGGCGAUACAGGGGAUUUGGAGCUCUGACCACACUAAAGAUGUAUUAGGAAAUGAAUCAGGCCAGAAUUCUGGACCUAUUUAAAUAGUUCAAGUGUGGACAUUCCCUUUAAGCAAGUGUUGGCAGUGACCAUGAAAACAGAGAUGCGGUGAGUAUAGGACAGACCGCACUGAUCCUGCUGGACAUGUUAGCCACAGGAGGCUUGGAAGUCAUUCAGGAAUGCCUGGUUACAAAUAUAAAUUGUGAAAGAUUAGAGGGAAGGGUGGGACCUUUUUAAUGAACAUGACAUUUGCCAGAAAUUUCCAUGAUUUGUAUAAUAUCUUUAUGUGGAUGGGAUUAUGUUUUGCUUUGUUUGUAAAUUGAAGAAAAGAAAAAAAAGAAAUAAAAAAAAAAGAUUUUGAGG